CGUCUCAGCCGCAAUCGCACGCGCUUCCAUGUGCUGCAUUAAAAAAAAAAAAAAAAAAAAAAAAAAACAACUCCUGAAUUUGCAUCGAAUGUGCUGAAUCCUGGUCACAGUAAAACCUCAGCUACACCAUCAGCGCCUCCAGCAGAAGAGUCUCCGAGUGAACCUAAAGCCUCUACGAGUCAAAGCGGAAAGUGUUGUGAUCGCCUUGUGAAAAUGUGCGCAAGGACAGCAGCGUACAAGAAGGACCUUUGUGCACCAAAAGACGAGAACGAGCCGCGUCAACUACUGGACGCUGCGUUCAAUCUGCAGCAUCGAACUGUACGCAGACCAGACAUCAGUGAGGAUCUUCGUCCUGAAAAGCAGGAGCCAGAGCCCACUCGCAUGAAAGAGGAAGUGGAGGACAAAGAGGUCCCCCACAUCAAAGAGGAAGAGGAAUUGGAGCCCAUUUCCAUUAAAAAAGAGGAGGAAGAAGAGCGCCCUCACAUAAAACAGGAAAAGGAGGAGGAGGAUAUCACCAAGUUACCAUUGACUAGUGUCCCUUUGAAGAGUGAAGAUGAAGGUCAAAGUGAGGAGAGCAGAGGGGCGGAGCCUCCAAACAGCAGCUCAAGUCAACACAUGACAACAGAAGGUGAUGGAGACCACUGUGGAGGAUCACAAGCAGAUGGCCUCUUAGCUCCAUUAUCAGAUAGUGAUGACAAAAUGUCACACUCUCCUCACAUUGAUGAUGAUGAUAAUGUUGAUAAACAUUCUGAAGGUGAUAAGACAUGUCCUACUGAAAACAAACGAUGGAAAUGUUCUCAGUGUGGGAAAACCUUUGCUUAUAAGGGCAAAUUGAAACAACACAUGAGAACACACACUGGCGAGAAACCUUUUUCCUGCUCAGUUUGCAGUAAAAGAUUCACGCAGAAGGGAAAUUUAAAAAUACACUCAAGAACCCACACUGGUGAGAAACCUUUUUCCUGCUCAGUUUGCAGUAAAAGAUUCAGUCAUAAGGGAUACUUGAAUCAACACAUAAGAACGCAUCCUGGUGAGAAACCUUUUUCCUGCUCAGUUUGUGCGCAAAGAUUUUCAGAUGCAAGAACCUUAAAAAUGCACACAAGAACCCACACUCGUGAUAAAUCUUUUUCCUGCUCAGUUUGCAGUAAAAGAUUCACUCAAAAGGGAAAUUUAAAAAAACACACAAGAACCCACACAGGUGAGAAACCUUUUUCCUGCUCAGUUUGCAGUAAAAUAUUCACUCACAAGGGAAAUUUUAAAAAACACACAAGAACCCACACUGGUGAGAAACCUUUUUCCUGCUCAGUUUGCAGUAAAAGAUUCACUCAGAAUGGACAAUUAAAAAUACACACAGGAACCCAUACUGGUGAGACACCCUUUUCCUGCUCAGUUUGUGCUCAAAGAUUUUCUCACGUGAGAGCUUUAAAAAGCCACACAAGAACGCACACUGCUGAGAAACCUUUUUCCUGCUCAGUUUGCAGUAAAGGAUUCACUCGGAAUGACGCAUUAAAAAUACACACAAGAACGCACGCUGUAGCAAAACCGUUUUCAUGCUCAGAUUGUGGCCAAAGUUUCUCUCAGAAGGGAGACUUAAAAAUACACACAAGAAUGCACACUGGAAAGAAACCUUAUUCCUGCUCAGACUGGGAUGAAAUAUUCUAAUAUAAGGGACAAUUAAAAAUACACACAAGAACGCACACUGGAAAGAAAUCUUUUUCCUGCUCAGUUUGUGGUCAAAGAUUCCCUCAGUGUGCUGCUGAGAAUAGCAGUGAUCAAAAAGCUUUUAAUUAAAAUGAAAUUGUUUUAUAUCAAAAGUAAUUACUGUGUAAUUACUGAGAAAAAUCAACAUUCUGUAUUCUGUGUCCCAUCUUUUAUUUUAUCCAUCCUCUUGUCCAUAUAUUUUCUGAAAACCUCCUCCUCAAAUACUUUGAAGGAAAUAGUUAAUGGGGAGAUUAAUGGCACUUAUUCCCUAGUUCUGGAUUUACAAAUGAUGUCUGCAGAAAAGAAGCCCUCCAAAAUAGACACAGCUGUAAUUUUAGGCUUGUUUUCUGAUGAUAUACAGGAAAAAAAAAUUCACACAGAUUUUGGCCCUUCCACGUUUUGGACACUCAGCCUCUCACAGAUUGACAAGUAGCAAUCAGGAGCCGAUUACAUUUCCUCCCUGAUCUCUGUAUUCUGUGGUGUAAUUUUUGCCUUUAUUGAAAGUCUGGAUGUUUUUUCAAGACAUUAAGUGAGAAUAGUAAAAGAUUUUUUAAGGCUUUUUUAAAAAAAUCGACUGUUCAAAUGCCUCCUUGAGGAAAGAAGACAGCCACGUCAACCCACAUAAAUUAUUGCAGAUUAAUUUCUUCAUUUGUCAGAUCACUUUUAAAUGGAUUUCACCACAAAUGUCUUGAAAAUGUCCCAGUAAAGUUCCUAUCGAUCACAAAGGGGUUUCUGUAGGUAGCGUUGUGUGACAGUCAUGGACUUUGGCUGGCUGUCAGAAGAUUGGAUGACCCAUGACGAGGCCCUCCCUGCCAAAUGCGUUAUGUUGCUUGAUGUUCCUAAACUGCAGCUGAUCUCAUCUGAUCUUAUCUGAUCGAUUAAAUCUAAAAUAUCGGGUUAAUCAUAAUAUUUUCAGAGGUUGAAGCUGCUAUGAGUAGAGAUGUCCGCAUAAAUUUCGGUGGUGAUUGCUGACAGUUUUGGGACACUGAGCUCCUUUUCUUGGGUUCAUGCAUGAGGCUUGCAAGGAUCUGGCACAUGCCCGCCAUGUUUGUAUAAUUUUAAUAAUGACUCCCUAAUAAAUUUGUGAUUUUUCACCACACUAAAUUUGUGAUUGAACAUAAUUUUAGGGUACUUGUUACUUUGUAAUAAUGUGAAAUGACACAGGGAAAAAAUAUUGAAAACGCAAACUGGUAUUUAUUUCAUACUUUGUACAAAAGCCUUUGUUUGCAAUGAGAGCUUCAAGACGCCUCCUGUAUGGAGAAACUAGUUGGAUCCAUUGCUCUGGUGUGAUUUUGGCCCAUUCCUCCACACAAGCAGGCUUCAUAUCUUGAAGGUUCUGUGGGCUUCUUUUAUGGACCUUGACUUUCAGUUCUUUACAUACAUUUUCGAUUGGAUUCAAGUCAUGUGAUGGGCUGGGCCAUUCUAGCAGCUUUAUUUUUUUUCUUUGAAUCCAGUUUAGAGUUUCCCUGGCAGAAUGUUUUGGAUACUUAUCCUGCGGAGAUUUCCACCCUCGUUUCAUUUUCAUCAUCAUUGAAGAUGGCAGCAGAUUUUUGUCAAGAAUGUCUCGGUACACAUUUGCCCAUUCAUCCUUCCUUCAAUCGUGAAGUUUACCAGUACCAUUUGCUGAAAAGCAGCCCCACCCCAUCAUGUUCCCACCUCAGAAUUGCACUGUUGGUAUAGUGUUUAUACGGGGAUAGCAGUGCAAUUUCUCCUCCAAAUGUGGUGUGCAUUAUGGCAUCCAAACAGUUAAAUUUUGCUCCCAUCAGACGAGACUAUACUCUCCCAGUAUUUAACUGACUUGUCCAAAUGUUCAGCAAACUUCAAACACGCUUUGACAUGCUUUUUUCCCCCAGCAAUGGGGUCUUGCAUGGUGAACAUGCAUACAGGCCAUGGCAGUGGAGUACAUUACUCACUGUUUUCCUUGUGACAACAGUACCUGCUCAUUCCAGGUCUUUUUGAAGCUCUCCACAAGGGGUCCUUGGCUCUUGAUUAUUCUUUGCACUCCUGCACUCCUCCGUCAUAAAUCUUGCGAGGAGCACCUUAUGGAGGAAAAUGUAUGGUGGUAUGAUUGGCUUUCCACUUACGUAUUAUGGACUCACCGUUUUCACUGGAACGUUCAGAAGCUUAGCUAUGCGCCUGUACCCAAUGCCACCGUUGUUUUUUUGCAACAAUUAGUUUGCGAUGGUCUUGAGACAGCUCUCUGCUCUUACCCAUCAUAAGAUGAGUCUUGACUUUUACUUUGGCAAUGAGACCUUUUUGUAGGCCAUCAUUUAGGACAGGAACCAGCUGAUAUUCAUUUGCACUGACAAAGGGUUGGAUUGGUGUCUGAUUAUUGAUAGAUUUUAGGUGUUGUCUUGGCUUUCCAUGCCUUUUUGUACCUGCCUUUCUUCAUGUGUCCAAUAGUUUUUCCCUGUGUCAUUUCACAGUUUUACAAACAAUUUAAUUUCUAAUCUUAUUUAUUUGUUCUACUUUCUUUGUAUGUAUGGAUUACCGGGGUUGUUCCCAACAUCUGGUGAAAUUUUCAGGUCAAUAGCAACCUUUGGAAGGAUAUUUAGUGAGAAAAAUGUGACGUGUUAAAUACUUAUUUCAACCGCUGUAUGUGAUCCUUAAUAAAAUACACCUCUUCAAACGUGAGGAUGACUCAAUUUGCUUGUAUAUCAAAUCAAUUUUCCCCUUUAAAAAGAAUUGAAAUGCCUUUAAUCCAUUGCAAGCCCUCCAAAAACAAAAUGCUCGCAACUUAAAGCAAAAAAAAAAUUUUUAAAUGGCCCAAGCGA